AUGCCGCCAACAUUCCCUAGAUUCAUUGCCGUCGCGCUCCCGCCUCCUUUCCUCCUUCCUCGAUCGCUACUCCGAAAAUCCUUAAACGGCUCUCAGAAAAGAUGCAUGGGCAUCCGCUCAAUAGACCGACAGCCAAAGCACAACCCUUACAAUGUCGUCCCAGGCAUUCAACCGCUGCUUUCCACGCCUGCCGCAGCCUUCGAACGAAAAUUGAGAUCAGACACGCUUCCGUUACGGUCAGGAGCUCUAGCAGUUAAGAAGGGCAUGACUGCGGUAUAUGAUGUCGAAUCUGGAAAGAGAAUACCUUGUACAGUCUUACAGUUGGAUCGAAACCAAGUUGUUAGCCACAAGACGCGGAAAAGACAUGGAUAUUAUGCGGUCUGUAUUGGCAGCGGCACAAUUCAUCCCAAGAAUGUGGCAAAGCCCAUGCUCGGCCAUUACUCUGUCCAGGGCGUGAGCCCCAAAAGAUAUCAGCGCGAAUUUCGCGUCCGAGGGCCAGAAGGACUGUUACCAGUAGGCGAGGAGAUACGAGCCGAUUGGUUUAUUGCCGGACAGUUCGUGGACACUCGAUCAAAUUGCAAAGGAAAGGGCUUCGCUGGUCCAAUGAAGAGAUGGGGUUUCAAAGGUCAACCACGAAGCCACGGUCACUCUCUCAGUCACAGGUCCCAUGGCUCAGUGGGCCCGAGUCAAGGAGGUGGUAGUCGUGUAUAUCCCGGUAAAAAGAUGGCCGGGAACAUGGGUGGACAGAGGAAUACGGUGCAGAAUCUGAAGGUCCUGCAGGCGGACGCAGAGAACGGGAUUGUCGUUGUACAUGGAGCUGUGAGUGGCCCUAAAGGAUGUCUGGUCAUGAUCCAAGAUGCAUUGAAGAAACCUUGGCCGGAAGCCCCCCAGCUGCCGAAACCAUCCGAGAUAGAAGCAACAGUGGUCGAGGCAGAGCCUGCGAAGAUCCCCGCAUGA